AUGUCCUCUCAAACAGAUAGUGUAACUCCUUAUGAUCUCGAUGAAGUUUCCUCGAAUCCAGCUAAGAACAACAAUAAAACACUAACUAAUAAUAGUACUAUACAAAAUACAAUAAAACAAAUGAAGUUUAACAUUUCAAAUUAUUUAAUCACUAACCGAAAUAAAUCAAAUCAAAUUAGAUUAAGUGAUAAUAUGCAUAUAAAUGAUAUUACUAAUGAAUCAUCUUCUAAAUUAUCUAAUCAUAAGGAUUCGGAAUUUCUCAAUACUGGAUUUACUUUAAUUGGUUAUACAUUUCUACUUCAAAUGAUUUUACAUAUCAUGACAUUUUUAUUGAAUAGUCUUUCUUAUCGUUAUUUGGAUACAGCUAGUUUAGGCUUAGUCAAUGUUCGACUUGGUUUAUUUUAUUCAACAUUGAUAUUUACUUCAAGAGAAGCAUUUCGUCGUGCAUGUCUUAGUCGUGGUGGUCAAGUAGUCAAUAGUAACAAUAAUAAUAAUAAUAAUAAUAAUAAUAAUAAUAAUAAUAAUAAUAAUAAUAAUAAUAAUAAUAAUAAUAAUAAUAAUAAUAAUAGAAAAUCAACUGAAUCAUUAUCAAAUGCAAAUGUUACUACAAUAAUUGAUUCUACAAAUGAAGAUUUUGUUGAUGUUUCUCAGUUGAUUAAAAGUUGUAAGCAUGAAAUUAAUCAAGAUGGUCAUACUUCAAUUCAGUGUAGUUUACAAUUUAAAGAACAACUGUAUGGAAUUUUCAAUCUUGCUUGGCUAGUACUUCCUAUUGGUUUCAUCAUUGUAAUACUAUUGAGUUUUGUGUGGAUUUACAUCUUACCAUCUCCAAGUAAUCUAAUUAAUGAAUCAAAUUCUGAAUUAAAUUUAACAUCGUCAAUUAUUGAACAACGUUACAUCCUCUGUAUCAUGAUAUACGCUUUAUCUGGUCUUUUUGAAUUAGCUACUGAACCAUUAUGGCUUAUUUGUCAAUUAUCUCAUGAAGUUCGUGCAAGAAUUUUCAUUGAAGCUUUUGCUAAUACUGCUCGUUCAAUUGGAAUACUAUUUGCAAUAUUUACUGUACCAUCCCAGUAUGCCAUUUAUUCACUUAGUAUACCUCAACUUCUUCAUGGUUCAACAUUGUUCAUAAGUUACUUACUGUAUUUUAAAUAUGGUAUACCACGUUUAACAUCAAAUAACGAAUUGAAACUUAAAGGAAUCACAGGAAUCGCUUCGUUAAAAGAUAUUUUACCAAGUUAUUUUCGGUAUUCUAUCGAUCGACAAGGCCUACAACUUGUAAAGAACUUUUUUGGUCAGUGUAUACUGAAACAACUUUUAACAGAAGGUGAAAGAUAUUUAAUCAGUGCGUUCCAUUUGAUAAGUUUCACUGAUCAGGGUAUAUAUGAUCUCGUCAAUAAUUUGGGCUCUUUAGCGGCUCGUCUACUUUUCUUACCAUUGGAAGAAAGUUGUCAUUUUAUGUUUAGUCAAUGUAUUCAAAGAGAUGUCUCUCCAAGUAAACAAGACAAAAAAUUACUUAUGGAUGCAUUUCGUAUGCUUAAAACAGCUUUACGUAUUUCAAGUCUUAUAGCUUGGAUUGGUGUAACUUUUGCUCAAGCUAAUUCUCGUUUAUUAUUAAUGAUUUACGCUGGGCAUAGAUUAGCUGAUAAUUAUGUAGCGGUCAGUUUAUUACAAUUAUAUUCUGCUUAUGUUUUGUUACUUGCAUGGAAUGGUUCGACUGAAGCGCUGUUGAAUUCCGCAAUGUCAACAGAUGAAGUUUUACGUCACAAUCAACGAUUAGUAAUAUUUUCUAUAAUAUUUCUCAGCGCAAAUUGGUUUCUUGUCCCAAUAUUCAAUGUAUACGGUUUUGUACUGGCCAAUUGUAUUAAUAUGACUACUCGUAUUUUAUAUAGUGUUUAUUAUAUUAACAAAUUUUUGGCAAAAAUUGAUGAACCAACGAAUAUUGAAAAACAAAACAACUUGGAUGAUGAUGAUAAUGAUAGCAGCUGCAGUAGUAGUGAAAAAUCAUCGACUUUCGUUGUGUUAUCAAACUGUGAAAUGGAGAAAUUCUCAAAUAUUUCAUUAUUAUCAUUAAUGUUUCCAUCAUAUAGUGAAAUGUGCAUUCUAUCCAUUUCAAUUGUAUGUACUUUAAUUUCACAAUACUUUUUCUGUUGUUCUUUUGGCAUUCUAUGGAUGAUAUUACAUGGUACAAUUACAUUCGGAUUCUUAUUCAUCACAUUAAUAAUAAUUUAUUACGAAGAAGUUGAUAUUUUACAACUUAUUCAAAAUCGUUUACCAUCUUUAUUACAAUACAAAAAAUCACAAUAAAUCCCAGUUAUUAAUCAUACUCUUUCAUUUGUAAUGUUACUUAUUUCAAAUAAAUGCUUUAAUUAAAUGCUUCUAUAGUCUUUCACAGUUUAUAUUUCUUUGUUGAGUUCAUUCAGUAUCUUGUUGAAUAGUUAAAAAGAAAAGUACUUAUGAUGUUGUAAUAAUUAUUUUAAAAUGUGUUUAAAUUAUACUUUUUUUGUUGUUGGAGUUUUGUUUUCUGAGCUGGAUGGUUUAGUCGUAGAGCAUUCAUCGUUAUUCUGAACGAUAUCAUUAUCUACCUGAAGUAUGUGCUGAUGAUGUUGUUCAGAAGAACGAUGAAAGCUCUACUAUUAAAUCAUCCAGCUCGAAGAAUAAAACUUCAUCAAAAUCAUCCAUCUAAGCUACAAAUCUCCACUUUUUUGUGCUUUAACUGUAUAUAAAUAUAAUUUAAUGAAAACUGAUAUCAUUC